UCAUUCAUUCAGUAAAGGUGGGGGUAAAAUCCCAAAUAUCUUGCCAACUAUACUGAACCAAGUCUCCAUUUCAAUUCGUGUGGACAUUGGGUACAAAUUUCUAUUUUCAGCAGAUCUGAAACGGGUUAUUAGAAUUCGAUUUGAGUUAUUUGAUUAUUUUAAUGUUUGUCCUUUGACCCUGAAAUUAUCUUUCCAACUAUACCGAAACGAGUCUCCCAAUUCAACUCGUGUGCAAAUCAUCCGUCGGACGUGAUCUGUGCUCAAACUUUAUUUAUAGCUAGAGUGAGCCGAUCACAUUAAUAAAUGAGCGAGAAUCAGUAAGCUUUCACAUCUGCAGAGUGAAAGAACAGAAAAAGAAAGAUGAUGGAAUUUGAAAGAAAAGGGGAGAUGGAGAAUGGCAAAAAAGAAGAGGAGGAGAAUUCUCCAGUGGAACAAGUGGCCUCCACUGUGAGCACAGACGACGAUCCUUCAAUUCCAGUAUGGACUUUUCGAAUGUGGUUUUUGGGGCUGCUCUCCUGCAUAACACUGUCCUUUCUGAAUCAGUUCUUUGGGUACAGGACAGAGCCUCUGGUUAUUACACAGAUAUCAGUGCAGGUAGCAGCUCUUCCCAUUGGACGCUUCAUGGCUUCGGUUCUGCCCACUACAAAAUACAGAGUGCCUCUUUUGGGUCACUUCUCGUUGAAUCCUGGCCCUUUCAAUAUGAAAGAGCAUGUUCUCAUUACAAUCUUUGCAAACGCAGGCUAUGCCUUUGGCAAUGGAUCUGCCUAUGCUGUGGGCAUUGUUAAUAUCAUCAAGGCCUUUUACCACAGAGACAUCUCGGUUGUGGCUAGUUGGCUCAUCAUCAUCACUACCCAGGUUUUGGGAUAUGGAUGGGCUGGGCUUCUGAGGAAGUAUGUUGUAGAGCCUGCACAUAUGUGGUGGCCUUCCACCCUGGUCCAGGUCUCUCUCUUCAGGGCAUUGCACGAGAAGCACGAUGGGAAGGGCAUGUCUCGUGGGAAAUUCUUCUUUAUUGCAAUGACCUGCAGCUUUUGUUACUACGUAUUUCCUGGGUAUCUUUUUUCCACCCUGUCGAGCAUAUCAUGGGUGUGUUGGAUUUGGCCUCGUUCAGUGACAGCACAGCAGAUUGGAUCUGGAAUGAGAGGGCUGGGAUUUGGUGCUUUUGCUUUGGAUUGGAGCGCAAUAGCAGCAUUUCUCUUCAGUCCUUUGGUUUCUCCAUUCUUUGCUAUUGUAAAUGUAUUUGUCGGCUAUUUCCUGGUGGUAUACUUUGCUAUGCCUCUGGCUUAUUGGGGGACUAAUACAUACAACGCCAAGAACUUUCCUAUUUUUAGCUCACACUUAUUUAAUGCUAAAGGCCAGAACUACAAUAUUACAGCUAUCGUGAACAACCGAUUUCAGCUGGAUCAUGCAGCCUACGAGGAAAAUGGUCAGAUACAUUUGAGCGUGUUUUUUGCUUUGAGCUAUGGAUUUGGUUUUGCAGCCAUAGCUUCCACAAUUACCCAUGCUUCUCUUUUCUACGGAAGGGAAAUAUGGCAACGGGCCACAGCAUCUAGAAGCAGUCCACCAGAUAUCCAUACUAAAUUGAUGCGCAAGUAUGAAGACAUCCCACAAUGGUGGUUUUAUUCACUCUUGAUUGCUACUUUGGCUGUUUCCUUUGCACUGUGCCAGUUUUACAAGGAACAGGUGCAGCUUCCAUGGUGGGGUUUAAUCUUGGCUUGCGCUUUAGCAUCCCUUUUCACUUUACCCAUCAGUGUUAUAACGGCCACAACUAAUCAGACACCAGGGCUGAACAUAAUUACGGAAUACAUAAUGGGAUACAUUCUUCCUGGAAAACCCAUUGCCAACGUUUGCUUUAAGGUUUAUGGGUACAUGAGUAUGAGUCAGGCGGUUUCAUUCUUGUCGGACUUCAAGUUGGGGCAUUAUAUGAAAAUCCCACCUCGCUCCAUGUUUCUUGUGCAGUUUAUUGGCACAAUAGUGGCUGGAACGGUGAACCUGGGAGUUGCAUGGUGGUUGCUGGAGUCCAUAGAGAACAUAUGCCAAGAGUCUCUUCUCCCUCCAGACAGCCCCUGGACAUGCCCAGGUGACCGUGUAUUUUUUGAUGCUUCGGUCAUAUGGGGUCUAGUAGGUCCCAAAAGAAUAUUUGGCACACUUGGAGUUUAUCCCCAACUGAACUGGUUCUUCUUAGGGGGAUUACUUGCUCCCGUAAUUGUUUGGGUGCUGCAUAAAGCCUUCCCAACUGUGACAUGGAUUCCUCUCAUCAAUAUGCCAGUGUUGUUGGGAUCGACGGCUAAUAUGCCUCCAGCGACUAGUGUAAAUUAUGCAUCAUGGAUCACCGUGGGAACCAUCUUCAAUUUCUUUGUCUUCCGCUACAGAAAGGCAUGGUGGCAGCGCUACAACUAUGUGCUGUCAGGGGCCCUGGAUGCAGGGGUGGCAUUCAUGGCAGUAUUGUUGUAUUUUACAGUGGGACUUGAGAACAAAAGCGUCCUCUGGUGGGGCACCAAUGGUGAGCACUGCCCUUUGGCCACCUGCCCUACAGCUAAGGGCAUCACUGUUGAUGGCUGCCCUGCAUUCUGAUUCCCAAGAAUACAUGUUCUUCGCUAAUAUAGUGAGCCCAAUAUUGGAUUAAAAAAGAGGUCGAAUUGCAUUCAUGCUGUAUGACUGGCUUGACUAAAAAGAUGCAAGCCUUGAAAAUGGUUCGUUAAAUCCUCUUUGUAAUGGAAUGGACACACUCGCCCAAAAUAAUUUCGGUGUAAUAAUGAAACUUGCAGACCCCAAGUCCAUUUCUAUUUAGCUUUGUAUCUAUACAAUUAAAUAUAAAUGAAUGAAGGGAUUUAGAUUCAA